AGGAUGAGUCGAUGUCCUUCCUCCAUCGUUCAUCGCUCACGGACCACAGCCGAUUAGACAUUUAAGCGUUAAUUACAAGCGUGUUGUUUAAAUGAGAACAGGUUUUGUGAAUGAGAGAAUGCGCUAAUGAGGUCGUAAAUAAAUACGGCCUCUCUCCGCGUCUGUUUAAUAUUUCAGUGAGGCUGGGGGCUUCGUUCUUCCUCUAUUCUUUAAAGGAAUCGUGCUUGCAAACAAAACACAUGGCCCUUUCUAAAUCGGAGAAGCCCUUUGUGGACGAGUUGAGAUGCGCGAUCUGCCUGCAGUUUUAUUGCGAGCCCAGCUCGCUGCCCUGCGGUCACAGUUUCUGCCUGGCGUGUAUCGCCGAGGUCAUCCGGAGGGAGGAUGAGGCCGGCUGGCCCCACACCUGCCCGGAGUGCCGGGGCGAGCACGUUGGGAGCUCGGCUCUGCAGAAGAACUUCAAGCUGGCCAACAUCGUGGAGGGGUUUAAAGCGAGCGACGGCACCUCCCCGACGAAAGCCACCUGCGACGUGUGCUUGGACAGCCCCAAGGCGGCGGCGAAGGUGUGCCUGAAGUGCGAGAUCGCUAUGUGCUCCGACCACCUCAGGCCCCACUUCAAGCCGGCGUUCCGGGGCCACGUCUUGGUGGACCCCGCCCCCGACCUGGGCGGUAGGAGGUGCUCGCUGCACGCCAAGCCGGUCGAGUACUUCUGCCUAACCGACAAGACCUGCGUCUGCGUCGUGUGCGCCAUCGAGGGCGCGCACAAGAAGCACGAGGUGAAAAACUUCCGGAAGGCACGGGCGGAGCUGGGCACGACCCUGGACCUGCGGCUGAAGGAGGUGGACGGCAAGCUGACCGUCUGCCAGACGCUCCUGCAGAGGGGAAAGGAGGCGGAGAGCGCCGUGAAGGCCUCCAACGGAAAAAUGGCGCGGCAAACGGCGAGCCUUCUGGACGGGAUCGUGAAAGAGGCCAAGACCUACAAGUCCAAGGUGAUGGAGGUGGUCGAGGACGAACAGCGGCGCGUGGAGGACGAGUUCCGGGGGAGAGUGGCCAAGCUCUCGCUCCGACAGGCGCUGCUGAAGGACACGCGGCGUCAGAUGCAGGAGACGCUGCUGCUGGCUGACCCGUUCCUGUUCUUUCAGAAGCUCCGGGCGGUGGAGGCCAAACUGGCCGCCGCCGAGGGGCCCGAAUUCGCCCUUCCGAAAUCGAUCGACCUCAGGUGCUUGAAGAUCCCGUCCGAUGUGGAAAGCUCCACUUCCGCCUUCCGGGCUUCCUGGACAAAACUGCAGAAGUCCUUGACUGCGCUGAUCGGAGAGGCGGCGCCUUCUCUGGCUAACGCGUGUGCACCCGGGGACCACCUGCGCCUCUCCAGCUCCUCCAGCACCUUAAACUCUCUCUUCCCUCCACGACAGUCCUUGUCCUAUCGGGUAAAACCGACGUCGGCGGCGUUGAAGAAGAAAGAUGCCAGCUGAUCGCUUCCUCUUUUCUAAGCUCUGCAACCUCAACCUCUUCCCCGCUUCUCUGAGCUGGGAGGCCUGCGAUUUCACUUUUUUUUUUUUUAAAUGACAGGAUUUACAGGCUAGCGUCUGUACAGGCUGACCGGUGUGGGGGGAGGGGAAACCAGUAUUAGUGUAAUGUCGUCUUUUUUUUGUGUGGGUCUGUCGUAUGGUGAGGAGGUCGGGAAACCGUUCUGUGCAUCGGAAGGUUAUUGAAUAAAAGUAGGUUGUCUUCUUGAACAGCCGCAUCUCCGGGUUUCAUAGAACAUCUGUCCUGUCUUGAUCGAAACUGUCUAUUUUUGUAUGUGAAUAAGUUUUUUAAAACUGAAUAAAAUAUUCUUGCUUCAUCCUUUU